CACGCGCCUAUUUCGUCUCUCCUCGGCUUCCGUAGACACCGUGGGUUGUCAAUGACAUUCAGAAGCCGAACUUUCACGUGUGGAUGCUACUAACAUGUCGUUAAGCGUUUUAUUCAAGACUCUGACUAAAGAUGUGGCAAAGGUCAGCAGGCAGACUUUGCACACAGGAUGUCAUCGUCUUCUGGCAGCUGACAAGAGCCUCCUGGUCAAACUGAGAAAAAGCACUGGCUACACCUUUAUCAACUGCAAGAAAGCGCUGGAGAAAUUUGACAAUGACGCAGCACAGGCGGAGGCUUGGCUGCACGAGCAGGCCAAGAAGGAGGGCUGGAGCAAAGCAAACAAGCUGGAGGGUCGCAAAGCCAAAGAGGGCCUCAUUGGUCUCUUUGUGGGAGAUCAAGUUGCAGUCAUGGUGGAGGUCAACUGCGAGACGGACUUUGUCGCCCGCAAUGAGAAGUUUCAGCAGCUGGUUCAAGACGUCGCCUUCUCCACCUUGGCUCACCACCAAAAUAAAAGCCAAAGUCAGACGGGAUACAUGAAGAGUCUCCUGGCAUCUGAUGAACUGAGCAAGCUGAGCAUGUCAGAUGGAGCCACCCUCGCUGAUCAGGUGGCUUUAAGCAUAGGUCGCCUGGGUGAGAACAUGUCAGUGAGGCGGGCGGUCACAGUAAGCAUCCCCGCCGAGUGGAACAUUGGCUCGUACGUUCACGGCGGCGUGGCGGGCCAGACUGAGGUCGCCAUGGGGCGCUACGGCGCCCUGGUUGUUUUCCAGGGCGGAAAAGUAGAAGAACGAGAAAUUUUAGGACGUAAACUCGGACAGCACAUCGUGGGAGAAGCGCCUGUGUUGCUUGGAAACAUGGAUGAUCUGCCAUGUGGUGAAAGUGAGACACGCCUCCUGCCUCAGACCUUCCUGGGAGACCCCAGCAGGACUGUGGCCCAGUUUCUUAAAGGGCAGCAGGCUCGAGUGCUGGACUUUGUCAGGUUUCAGUGUGGAGAGAGCACCAGUGAAGAAGCAAAGUGAUGUAAACAAGGGAAUCCUUUUUAGUAUGUACAAUGAAACUUCUCCUCCCCCCCCCCCCCCCCAAUUUUGAAACAUGACUGUGUUUCAGCAGUGUGGUUGUAGUUUGUGUUAAUCAGGUCUUGAUGUCUGUCUGUAAAUAAUGUACUUCGCCCACGCUGGAGAAGAGGGGCAGAGAGCAAUAUUGGGGCAAAGUACAAGAAACUAUAAAAUCUCAUCAAGUCUUUGGAAACAUCUUUGAUUUACCAUAUAGUCCAAAAUUUUACAAGAUGUAUGCCAAUAAUACCAUCUACGGCAAACAUUUGCAUCCAAUGUCAGAACAGCCAAUCACAUUUUCAGCAACCAGCAGUUUAAAAAUAAAAUCAAGAUUCCAAAAUGUAU